AAAUAUUUAUCGUGCCGAAGGGCCUCGCUGGUGCAACGCGUAACCGACUGGCGCAAGGAAGAAGUCGUCACCUGCUGGAGCUCGCUUGGGGAGGGUGUAGAGGAGUUCACGGCGCGUGAAGGAGAAAAGGAACUUGCGAAACUAGAGGUGAUGGUGACAGAGCAAGCAAGCCCUAAAUUGUGGUUAAAUCUCAUCUCUCGUCUUCGGAUUGCAUUUUCUUGGAUCUGAGAUAUUGGGAUAAACCAUGAUCGGCGUUGGCGGGAAGAUCAAACAAUACUCAAGCGUGCUUGAGAAGCCCCUCAGCAAGGGUAGGCAAGAGGUUAGCCUGAGUGCAUUUGCAUUUUUGUUUUCAGAGUUGGUGCAAUACAAUCAGACUCAAGUUGAUAAUAUUGCAGAGUUAGAGCGGAGAUUAGAAGAUGCAGGCUAUGCUGUUGGAGCAAGAGUUCUAGAACUCUUUUGUCAUAGAGAAAAGGGUAACAGAAGGGAGACAAGACUUUUGGGGAUUUUAUCCUUUGUGCACACCACUGUGUGGAAAGUUCUCUUCGGAAAGGUAGCUGACUCACUUGAGAAAGGGACCGAGCAUGAAGAUGAAUAUAUGAUAAGUGAAAAAGAACUUCUAGUGAACCGAUUUAUAUCCAUACCCAAAGACAUGGGAACAUUUAACUGCGGUGCAUUUGUAGCUGGGAUUGUAAGGGGUGUCUUAGACAAUGCAGGCUUUCCAGCUGUAGUGACAGCACAUUUUGUACCCAUGGAAGGUCAACAACGGCCAAGAACCACAAUUUUAAUAAAGUUUGCUGAUGAGGUGCUACGCAGGGAAGCCAGGCUUGUUUGAACUUCUGGCUGAGAAGGUUUUUACUCAACUUGCUGGAAUUUAACUGUGGAAACCUUGAUGUACUCCAAGCUUUUUUUUUUUUUAGGGUUUAGGGUAUUU